ACGCAGCCCGCAGGGUGAGCCGAGCGGGUGGCGGAAGGCGGCCGGCUUCAGCAGAGGCGGCGGCGGCGGCGGCGACUGAGGGACGGCGACGCGGCACGCGGGGCGGUGCGACAGGACGGGCAAGGGCUGCGCGGCUCUCCGCAGCCGCCGCCUUGUCACAGCCGGGCCGUAGGGCGCCGCAGCGAGUGCGCGGCCUGUGAGGCGGCCGGAGCGGCGUCCUGUCAGGCGGCGAGGGUGCGGCGGACGGCGGCGCGAUGAUGCCGAUGAUAUUAACCGUGUUCUUGAGCAACAAUGAACAGAUUUUAACAGAAGUUCCUAUAACACCAGAAACCACCUGUCGAGAUGUUGUAGAAUUCUGCAAGGAACCUGGAGAGGGCAGUUGCCACCUGGCCGAAGUGUGGAGGGGAAGUGAACGCCCCAUCCCCUAUGACCAUAUGAUGUAUGAGCACCUGCAGAAGUGGGGACCUCGCAGAGAAGAAGUGAAAUUUUUUCUUCGACAUGAGGAUUCUCCAGCUGAGAACAGUGAACAAGGUGGCCGUCAGACUCAAGAACAGAGAACUCAAAGAAAUGUAAUAAAUGUACCUGGAGAAAAACGCACAGAAAAUGGGGCUGGGAAUCCACGCGUUGAACUUACCCUCUCAGAACUUCAAGAUAUGGCAGCCAGGCAACAGCAGCAAAUUGAAAAUCAGCAGCAAAUGUUGGUUGCCAAGGAACAGCGUUUACAUUUUCUAAAGCAACAGGAGCGCCGCCAGCAGCAGUCUAUUUCUGAAAACGAAAAACUUCAGAAAUUGAAAGAACGAGUUGAAGCCCAGGAAAACAAGUUGAAGAAGAUUCGUGCCAUGAGAGGACAAGUUGACUACAGCAAAAUUAUGAACGGCAAUCUGUCUGCUGAGAUAGAAAGGUUCAGUGCCAUGUUUCAGGAAAAGAAGCAGGAAGUUCAGACUGCAAUCUUACGGGUUGAUCAGCUAAGUCAGCAACUAGAAGAUUUAAAGAAAGGAAAACUAAAUGGGUUCCAGUCAUACAAUGGCAAGUUAACAGGACCAGCAGCGGUGGAGUUAAAACGACUAUACCAAGAACUACAGAUUCGUAACCAACUUAACCAGGAACAGAAUUCCAAGCUCCAGCAGCAGAAGGAGCUCUUGAACAAGCGCAACAUGGAAGUGGCCAUGAUGGAUAAGCGGAUCAGCGAGCUGCGUGAGCGCCUUUAUGGCAAGAAAAUCCAGCUGAGCCGUGUGAAUGGCACAUCAUCACCACAGUCACCCCUGAGUACAUCUGGCCGGGUCGCUGCUGUGGGUCCUUACAUCCAGGUUCCCAGUGUUGGGGGAUUUCCUCUCCCAGGGGACCCCGUAAAGCCCCAGUCUCUCACCAUUGCCUCAAGUGCCGCCCAUGGAAGAUCCAAAUCUGAUGGCCACAGUAGAGGCAGAGUAAUCAGCACGUGGACAGUGUCAGACCUGGACGUCGGGCCUGAUGGCAGCUCGUCGCAGCACUCAGCAAGCCUACUUGUAAACUCUAAUGAUGGAAACUGGCCGACAUUAAAGCAGAAUUCUGCUUCCGUGAAGCCAACUCAGAUGGCUGGUGGAGACUGGAAGGACUCAGGCAUGGAGGGGGCCCUAAAGCAAGGCGCCAUCUCCAGCCAGCCUUUGCCUUUGUCAGCACUGGGAGCUACAGAAAAGCUGGGCAUCGAGAUUGGCAAAGGGCCACCUCCCAUCCCUGGUGUAGGCAAGCCACUGCCCCCAAGUUAUGGGACAUAUCCAAGUCCUGCGCCCUUGGGCCCAGGAUCAACAAGCUCCCUGGAGAGGAGGAAAGAAGGCAGCUUGCCCAGACCUGGUGCAGGUCCACCAAGUCGACAGAAACCUGCCCCACUGCCCCCUGCAGGCAACGCUCCCCAGCCUGGCUCCUCGCAGCAGAUUCAGCAGAGGAUCUCAGUGCCACCAAGUCCCACAUACCCUCCAGCAGGGCCACCUGCCUUUCCAACUGGAGACGGAAAACCUGAGCUUCCACUGACAGUGGCCAUUAGGCCUUUUCUGGCUGAUAAAGGGUCAAGGCCACAGUCUCCCAGGAAGGGACCUCAGACAGUAAAUUCAAGUUCCAUAUACUCCAUGUACCUCCAGCAAGCCACACCACCUAAGAAUUACCAGCCACCAGUGCAUGGCACCUUAAAUAAGUCAGUUAAAGCAGUAUAUGGUAAGCCUGUCCUAUCGUCAGGGUCAGCAUCUCCAUCACCCUUGCCGUUUCUUCAUGGGUCACUGGGCCCAGGCACAACACAGCCUCAACCUCCUUCAGAAUGUGCUGAGAAAGAGCCAGAACAGGAGGGGCCCCCUGUACCUGGAGAAGGCAGCACGGUGGAAAGCCUGCCACGGCCACUCAGUCCCACCAAACUGACACCCAUUGUGCACUCACCACUUCGUUAUCAGAGUGAUGCGGACUUGGAGGCUCUCCGCAGGAAGCUGGCCAAUGCACCCCGACCCCUGAAGAAGCGUAGCUCUAUCACAGAGCCGGAGGGCCCUGGAGGGCCCAACAUCCAGAAAUUGCUGUAUCAACGUUUCAAUACCCUGGCUGGUGGCAUGGAGGGUACCCCUUUCUACCAGCCCAGCCCUUCACAGGACUUUGUGGGCACCUUAGCUGAUGUGGACAAUGGAAAUACUAAUGCCAAUGGCAACCUGGAUGAGUCUCUCCCUCCCCGGCCCACAGCCCCACUUCCCGAAGAGCUUGCCCCAUCCUCAGAUGCCAACGAUAAUGAGUUACCUUCCCCUGAGCCAGAGGAGCUCAUUAGCCCCCAAACAACUCAUCAAACUGCUGAGCCUGCUGAAGACAAUAACAACAACGUGGCUACAGUGCCCUCCACAGAACAGAUCCCAAGUCCUGUGCCUGAGGCUCCUUUGGAGGAGGAACAAGUCCCUCCAGCACCUCUUUCCCCUGUCAUCCAUCCCUCAGCAACACCUGCGAGCAAACGGACCAACCUGAAGAAGCCUAACUCUGAACGAACUGGGCAUGGGCUGAGAGUGCGCUUCAACCCCCUAGCGCUGCUUCUAGAUGCUUCCCUGGAAGGAGAGUUUGAUCUAGUGCAGAGGAUCAUCUACGAGGUGGAAGACCCUAGCAAACCCAAUGACGAAGGGAUCACGCCCCUGCACAAUGCUGUCUGUGCCGGCCACCAUCACAUUGUGAAGUUUCUGCUGGACUUUGGUGUCAACGUGAAUGCUGCUGACAGUGAUGGAUGGACACCGCUGCAUUGUGCUGCCUCUUGCAACAGUGUCCACCUCUGCAAGCAACUGGUGGAAAGUGGAGCCGCUAUCUUUGCUUCCACCAUCAGUGACAUUGAGACUGCUGCAGAUAAGUGUGAAGAGAUGGAAGAGGGAUACAUCCAGUGUUCUCAGUUUCUGUACGGGGUACAGGAGAAGCUGGGAGUGAUGAACAAAGGCACUGUGUAUGCUCUGUGGGACUACGAGGCCCAGAACAGCGAUGAGCUGUCCUUCCAUGAAGGGGAUGCCAUCACCAUCCUGAGGCGCAAAGAUGAAAAUGAGACUGAAUGGUGGUGGGCUCGUCUCGGGGACCGGGAAGGCUACGUGCCCAAAAACUUGCUGGGGUUGUAUCCACGGAUCAAGCCCCGGCAGCGAACACUUGCCUGAACGUCCCCCGGAGUACCACAGUCUCAUUGGCUCCCAGGAGCUGCUGGAGAAGAUUUCAGCUGCCCUGGAAAAACUGAAGCUAGGACGGUCUCAUGGUGCUCACUUUAGCAGACAGUAUCCACAAUGUGAAUCCCAGCUCCCCAAGUGAGGCCCUUCUCCAGUCUGCAGUAACUGGGAGAGGUAGUGCUUUGGCCUUCAGAGGACUGCAUUUUUGCCAAUUACUGUAAAUCCAAAUAAAUACCCAGAUUCUAAGACACCCUCCUCCCCUGUUGCCAGUAAGAAGUCCUCAAACUAUGAAUCCUGACGGUUGCCAAUGAAGACAGAGUUUGAUUGACUUGGCCUAAAGGCCUCUUCUCCUGUUUGAUGUCUCUGACCUUCAGCAAAAGCAAGCUGCUACCAGGUAGCUUUGGCUACAGCCCCGCCCUCCUUGGAAAGUCUCAAACCCCAUCAUUCUUUCUCACAUUCCCGCUCACAAAAUUUUCUUUCCUUUCACUACCAAAGGAGACCAUUUGGAAACUGUUGUGUUUAACUAACCUGAUGACCUCAUGCUGUGGCUGGACUUGCACACCUCAGCACAGGGUCAUCUGAUUCCUAUAACUUUUAGUGUCAUCUUUAGCCUCCUUGUGGCAUGAGUUCAUUCUGUUCUUAGUUAGACACAGAGGAGUCUGGGAAAAGACGAGUCUAAGUAAGUACUGGCCGGCUGGGCAGUGCCCAGUUCAGUAAAGCCACCAGGCAAACUGGGAUACAGUCAGUGUGGCCACAUUCCAAGUGAGGCAAGCUCUAUAUUCUGAAGUUUGAACUCUGUAGACAGGCUUUUUAUACACCAAGAUUAUUUUUCAACUAGACCAUUGAAAACUAUCAGAAUUGUGUUGGAAAUGUUUCUUCCUCAUUGAAACACAAGCCCUUAGGCUUUAUUUUUCAUGUGAGUCUUGUACAUAACUACGUGUGAUCCCUGUGUAGGUCUGGGAGCAGUGCUGUAGUCAGCGGCCAAGUAUUACUGUACAGGGUGGCGCUGAGUGCAGCCUCUUCCAUCCCAACCCCACUGAUGCUGUGUGACGUGCACAAUAAACUGCUGUCUCACAUCUGGCUGUGAGUCUUGUGUUCUGGACGCAGGACAGCUGCACAAAGUGAGGCCAGAGCCUGCUGUGUACUUU